GGCUGAAGUCUCUGCUGCAGAGAGCUUAUCGCCUGCAGGAGGAGUUUGAGGGCGUGUUGGGGACGCCUGAACCUUCGUCCCCCAGCAGCAGCAGCCAGGAUGAAAUUGCCGACUUUUUGGCCAGAGAGGAACUGGACGACGUCUGUCUGAGGGACAGCAUCAGCAUCGCUUCUACUGACUCGUUUGUGUCGGCCGUUGAGCCUCAGCUGUCGGAGCACAGAGAGCCGAGGAGCACCUUCACUCUGGGACAYCACCCGCUGUACGAGGAGGCGCUGCAGAUGGCCGAAGACGGGGACGUCUCCUGCAGGGUGUUUCGGACGGAGAUCCUGGGGUGUUUUAGCGACACGGACUUCCUGGCUAAGCUGCACUGUGUUCGUCAGGCUUGUCAGCUCCUUCUGCGGGACAGGGCGACCAGGAUGUUUCUGGCCGACACGGGAAAGAAAAUUCUGUCUUCCAUCAUCGUUAAAGCUCACAAAAGUCCAAAGAGAUUUGAGGAAGCGUUUGAGGAUUUGAUUUCCUUCCUGGAGCACGCGGAGCACUGGGAGGAAACGGAGAAGGAGCUGGUUUCACGAGGGGUUAGGCAUCUGAACUUCUACGAUGUCGUUCUGGACUUUAUCCUGAUGGACUCCUUCGAGGACUURGAGAAUCCUCCCAUCUCCAUGAAGAACGUCAUCAACAACCGCUGGCUCAACAGCUCCUUCAAGGAGACGGCGGUGGCAUCAAGCUGUUGGUCGGUACUGAAGCAGAAGAGGCAACACAUGAAGGAGACCGACGGCUUCGUCGCCCACUUCUACGCCGUCUGCGAACAGAUCAGCCCUGUUCUGGCCUGGGGCUUCCUGGGCCCGAAGAGCUCCCUGCACGACCUCUGCUGCUUCUUUAAGGACCAGGUGCUCCACUUCCUGAGGGACAUCUUCGACCUGGACAAGGUGCGCUACUCGUCGGUGGAGAGCCUGGCGGAGGACGUGCUCCUCCUGCUGCACCGGCGCUCCGAGCUGCUGCUGGCCUACCUGGGAGCCGACUGCCCCCGGCCCCUCGCGCUGCUGCCGGCGCCCUCCUGAAGGCGCAGGUGCAGUGAGAGGAAACACGGUUGGACCAAAGACAAACUUAAAACGCAUCAGAUCCACACAUCAUGUCGUGCUUUGUGGAUUCAGGCAACCUGCACAGACCGCCUGGCCUCAGAGGCCCUGCCCACUUCUACAGUGCCAUAGUAGUGAAUUCUCUCAGCAAUAAUAUUUGUAACCUAAAACCUGCAGGUUAGACGUUUUGCUUUGUAAUUUAGGGCAGAUUUACUGCAGUUGAACAAAGUUUGUGACACUAAAAUGAAGAUAUUUAUUUAGUCUUAAAGCUUAGAGUGAAGGGUUAGUUCUGCAGACAUGCUYCUGCCUGAAGCUUCAAACAAAGCAGGCUUUAAGUGUUCACAUCAUACUAAAUGCAGCAUAGAUGUAUACACACAGGAAUAAAAAGGAAAGCCAGCGUCAGUGUUGCAAGACUUUAAAACUCAGCACAUGAAGAAAAAGCCUUAUUAAUGCAAAUAUCCACGUCUUGUCUGAAUGUUUUGAAACAUGUUCAUUUCACUGCCAUGUGGAGAAAAUGCACAAUUACAGAAAAAUGUUUUCUUCUUUGGUUUUAGUGCUAAGAGGAAAUGUUUCAAGUACCUCCCUCCUGAUGAAAAGCCAUCAACUUAGCAAUUAUUCAUACGUGACGUCUGAAGAGAACGGUGAUAAUUUAGGGUUUUAAGUUGAUUCAAGUAUUUGAAAAUGCUUAAUAGCUGUGAGGGUUAACGGGAAUGAUUUCAGAGCAAUUUGCCAAAGGGUUUCUCUGUUGAAUCAAGAAAAAUAAACUUGACAGGUGUUUGAAGACUUUCAAGAAAAGUGACCAUUGUGUGUGUAAAUAAACAAGUAAAAACUCGA